ACAACUUCUGUUGAUUUCUUAGUUCAGUUCUAGCUGCUACGCAGAACGGAUCAGAAAAUUACUUUAUUAGUUGACUGAAGGAUAGAUAAUAAAAACCCUGGGAAGAUGACCUUGCCACGUGUUUAUUUCGACAUUUCUGCCGGAGGCGAAAAACUAGGACGCAUCGUUAUGGAGUUACGUGCGGACGUUGUGCCGAAGACUGCUGAGAAUUUUCGAGCUCUGUGCACCGGAGAGAAGGGCUAUGGCUAUAAGGGCUCCCCGUUUCAUCGGGUCAUACCGGGUUUCAUGUGUCAAGGUGGCGACUUUACCAACCAAAAUGGCACUGGCGGGCGUUCGAUAUAUGGAAACAAGUUUGCUGACGAGAACUUUACCUUGAAGCACACGGGUCCGGGUGUUCUUUCGAUGGCAAAUGCUGGACGUAAUACCAAUGGCUCGCAGUUCUUUAUAUGUACUGGCAAAACCAAUUGGCUGGACAAUAAGCACGUCGUCUUUGGCAAAGUGGUUGAGGGCAUGGACAUUAUUACCAAGGUGGAGACACUUGGCUCUAACAGCGGCAAGACCGCUAAGAAAAUUAUUAUUGAAGACUGUGGUGACUUGUAAGGAAUACAACUUUGUCAUAUUUGUGCUCGUUUGUGUAUUAUAAUCAUACUACAAGAUAUAAAAAA